CCUCUUUUUUCUUUCUUUGGUAGGAGACAGACUUGGGAGGACUCGUAUCUUCUUCUGUUCACCGGCCGGCACUCUUCUUCUUCUCAUCGUAAAACCAGCUCCAGGCAGGGAAACGAAAGGAAAGAAAAUGGAGGGUAUAUAUCAGAAACUGAGGAACUUGGAUGCGUAUCCAAAAAUAAAUGAGGAUUUCUACAGCCGUACUCUCUCCGGUGGCCUUAUCACUCUCAUCUCUUCUAUUAUCAUGCUUUUCCUCUUCUUCUCUGAAUUCAGCUUGUAUCUCCACGCGGUUACUGAGACAAAGCUUUUAGUGGACACUACAAGGGGACAAACCCUACGCAUCAAUUUUGAUAUCACUUUUCCUGCCAUUCGAUGUUCGUUACUGAGUGUUGACGCCAUUGAUAUCAGUGGAGAGCAGCAUCAUGAUAUUAGGCAUGAUAUAACUAAGAAAAGAAUUAACGCUCAUGGCGAUGUAAUUGAAGUCCGCCAGGAUGGGAUUGGUGCCCCAAAGAUUGACAAGCCUUUACAGAGGCAUGGAGGCAGGCUUGAACACAAUGAGGAAUAUUGCGGUUCAUGUUUUGGUGCUGAAAUGUCAGAUGAUCAUUGUUGCAACUCAUGCGAAGAAGUUCGUGAAGCAUACAGGAGAAAAGGGUGGGCUUUGACAAAUAUGGAUCUGAUUGACCAAUGCAUACGUGAAGGCUUUGUCCAAAUGAUAAAAGACGAAGAAGGUGAAGGAUGUAAUAUUAAUGGAUCCCUGGAAGUAAAUAGAGUUGCUGGGAAUUUUCAUUUUGUUCCUGGGAAAAGCUUCCAUCAAUCAAGUUUUCAACUACUGGAUUUGCUGGAUAUGCAAAAGGAGAGUUAUAAUAUAAGUCACAGGAUCAAUAGACUGGCUUUUGGCGACUACUUUCCAGGCGUGGUAAAUCCCCUUGAUGGGAUACAGUUGAUGCAUGAAACACCAAAUGGUGUGCAACAGUUUUUCAUUAAGGUGGUUCCUACAAUAUACACUGAUAUUCGAGGCCGCACUGUGCAUUCAAAUCAGUACUCUGUUACAGAGCAUUUCAAGAAAUCAGAAUUGAUACGCCUUGAUUCUCUUCCUGGAGUUUACUUCAUCUAUGACUUUUCUCCAAUCAAGGUGACAUUUAAAGAGGAGCAUACUUCAUUUUUACACUUCAUGACAAGUAUUUGUGCAAUAAUUGGAGGCAUCUUCACUAUCGCGGGGAUAGUAGAUUCCUUUAUUUAUCAUGGUCGAAGAGCAAUCAAGAAGAAAAUGGAAAUUGGCAAAUUCGGCUAAUGUUUUCAGUGGCUUCCUGUGACAUUUUCAGGCUGUAAAUGUCACACAAACAUGCAUGCUGCACCCAGAAGGAUAUGCUGAAGUCAAAGAACAAAGCUUUCAGCUCCAGCUUAACUGAUUGAUACUUGUUACACUUCUCUGCUUGGCUGUUUGAUAGCUAGUGCUUGCUAGGACCUGGACAAUGGAAGGCUGAGACUCUUUUUGUAGAAUAUCAAAAUCAACUCUUUUGUUUUUUUAUAUAUGAUUUAUGAAAUGUUUCCGGUUAGUUGCAUUUUGACUCCAUUUUGGACUAUCCAUUAAGAUUUAAUUAGAAGUUGAAUGGAGUUCCUUCCUCUGUCAUAGACUACACCAAAUAUUAAGAAUAUAGUAACGGAGUUGUAUCGUGCCA